AUGUGGGGAUCGGUUCGUAUCGGUUUAUCCGGAUUGAAAAUUCCGUAUACGAGAGGAGGCUAUCCACGCCAAGGAUCAAACUGUUGUGCCUUCACUCACACUGCAACUUCCAGCUCAAGGCGUUUUUUCGGUUUUGGUUUCCCGAUCUUGAGCUCUGCGGUAAAAAUGGCGGAUUCAUCGUCACUACUGUACAAUCAGCUCAAGGUUGCUGAGCCGUUUUUCUUGUUGGCUGGUCCAAAUGUGAUCGAAUCUGAAGAGCAUGUGCUUCGAAUGGCUAAAAGCAUAAAAGACAUUGCGACAAAGCUUGGCUUGCCUCUGGUUUUCAAGUCAAGUUUCGAUAAAGCUAACAGAACUUCAUCAAAGUCCUUCCGAGGUCCUGGCAUAGCUGAGGGCUUGAAGAUUCUUGAGAAGGUGAAAGUAGCAUAUGAUAUACCAAUCGUAACCGAUGUGCAUGACUCGAGCCAGUGUGAAGCGGUUGGCAAGGUUGCAGAUAUAAUUCAGAUACCAGCAUUCUUAUGUCGCCAGACAGAUCUUCUGGUCGCAGCAGCUCAAACUGGCAAGAUUAUCAAUAUUAAGAAAGGACAAUUUUGUGCAUCUUCUGUCAUGGCAUAUUCGGCUGAGAAGAUUAGACUCGCAGGGAAUCCGAAUGUGAUGGUUUGUGAAAGAGGAACCAUGUUUGGAUACAAUGAUUUAAUAGUAGAUCCACGAAAUUUUGAAUGGAUGAGAGAAGCGAAUUGUCCUCUACUCCGUUUCUUCACCGACACCGGCUAA